AUGGAGAAUGUUCAGAAUCUUUUAAAAAAUCUUUUUAUUCGUAUUAAUCCAUCUGGUCAAUCAAAGUCAUCUUUUGUUUGGAAUUAUUUUGGAUAUUUGUACAAAAAACCAAAUGAACCAUUAGAUGUUCAACGAGUUUAUUGUAAACUAUGUUUUGAUAAAUUGAAGAAUGAUCAACCAGAUAUUGCAUUGUCCUUAGUUCGAAAUGAAUUAAGUGUAUACAAAUCAACAAGUGGUACAGGAAAUAUGAAAAAUCAUUUAUUGGCAGUGCAUCAAGUAACUGGUGUACAAGAAACUAAAACAACAAGUAAACAUAUCCUGUCUAUGUUUUCUCGUGAGAAAUACGUAACUAAAGCGUCUCAACUUAAACAACAACUUGGUCAUCAAUUAACAUUAAUGUGUUGCCGAGAUCUUCUUCCAUUCUCUAUCGUAGAAAACGAAGGAUUUCAAGAUUUUUUGAUUGCAAAUAGAGUUGUUGGUUCAAAAGAUGAUAUUCCAUCUCGCACAAUAUUGUCACCUAUCAAUUUGAAUAAAAUUCAUGAUGUAUGUGUACAAAAAACAAAAGAACAAUUGAAAUUAUCAUCCGAAUAUCCAACAAUAACAUGUGAUGGAUGGUGUGAUAAAUACAGACAUCGAUCUUACAUCUGUUUUACAGUUCAUUAUCUUGAUUCCGAUUUGAAAUUACAUCAAUAUAGUUUGAAGACAGAACCAUUUGAAGGAAGACAUACGGGAGAAGCUAUUAAAGAUUAUUUCUUGGCUGUUGUGAGCGAAUUUAAUUUGAAUCCUAGCAAUAUCAUUGUCGUCUCAGAUAAAGGUUCAAACAUGAAGAAAGCAUGGAAAUUACUCAAAGUGAUGCAUACCUUUUGUGUUGCUCAUGGUAUUCACAAUUUGCUAAUGACAGAUUGUUUUCCUAAAUUAAAUAUUGUACCAGAUUUAUUGGAUAAAAUCCAAACGAUAAUUAACAAACUUCGUUAUCGACAACAAGAACUUGAAGAAGAAUAUUAUCGAUUAAAUGAUCAAAUGUACUAUAAUCUUCUGUCCGAGAUUAAUAAAGCUGGUGAAAUUUUGGAUGCUGAUUCGAUAUCAUCAUACAUUGAUGUUGAUGAUUUAAAUGAAUUGAACGAGAAUGAAGAAAAUAAUGGCUUAACAAUACCCGUGGUGACAAAUGAUUCAAGUGUAUUUCAUACGUUGAAAAAACGUAUUUUGACUCGUUGGAAUACGAUUUUGAUUAUGCUUCGUUCAUAUGCAUCAAACACAACAUGUGUUGAAAAUUUAUUACGUCGUAUGAAACAUUUUGAUUUAAUAUUGCCUGCUGCUGAAAAUCAAAUAGUGAAUGAUUUAAUUGAAUUUCUUUCUUCAUUUGAAUCGACAACUACGAUUUUAUCGGCGUCGAAAUCCUACACAACUAUGAAUCUAUAUCUAUUAUUACGUAUGGAAACAGAGUCGAUUUUACGAAUUACUGGAAUGGAAUCGCUAGUUAUUCGAGAAGUCAAAACUCUAUUAAGUGCAAGUUUGGAUAAACGAUUUCCAGUAGAUCCAUUACACAUUUGUGCUUUUCUACUUGAUCCAUCUCAAUUAAAAAUUGACAUUGAUCGUUAUUUACCUCUAAAUCAACCAUCCAAACAAUCGAUUUUAUUCAAUAUGAUCGAAAAGUUUAAAAUCAAUCAUGCUGUCCCAGUAUCUAUGACAAAAAAUAUUCCAACAUCACCAUCUUCGUCUGCUGCUAGUUCAAAAGCAACAUCAUUAUCUCCUUUAUUGAAACGUCAUUUGUCCAUCGAAUAUUUAAAUACACCUACAGGACGUUUGAAAAAAAUUCGUGAAAAUUUAAUUCAAAAGCAUACACCGAGUCCAGUUGUAUCUUCUGAUCCAAUUGCUGAUGAAAUAGAAGAUUAUUUAAAACUGGAUGUUAGUUGUGAUGAUGUACUUCAAUUUUGGAGAUCAUCAAAAGAUACAUUUCCUCACUUGAAACGUUUAUCUCAAGUUAUUCUUGCCAUUCCAGCUACAUCAACACCAAGUGAAAAAGUGUUUUCGAUCACAGGUUUAAUUGUUAAUGCCAAGAGAACAAUGUUAUCUCCCGAAAAUAUUGGUAAAAUUCAGGUGAUCCAUGACAAUUAUGAUCUAUUAAAAAAUGUCUAG